AUGGGUAAAGGAACGGAUAAAAUGUACAUUACUCACUCUGAAUGGUCGGGUGAGUUCGGUGGAAUGCAGUUUGGUGGAAUUCAGGCCAGAAAACAGACGGAGACAUUUAGGCGGCUUCCCUUUUACUGUUGUUCUUUGUCUUUACAACCAUUUGAGUACCCUUAUUGUACUCCUGAUGGUACAAUUUUUGAUAUGACAAAUAUUUAUGCCUAUAUAAAAAAACACGGAACAAAUCCUGUUACAGGGGAAAAACUUGAACUGAAAUCACUGAUUAAGUUGAACUUCUUUAAAAAUGCUAAUGACGAAUAUCAUUGUCCCUCCACAUUUAAGGUAUUUUCGGACCAUACACACAUUGUGGCAAUUAAAACUACUGGAAAUGUAUUUUCUUGGGAAGCAGUCGAGCGAUUGAAUAUCAAAGCAAAAAAUUGGAGGGAUUUGCUUACUGACGAACCUUUCACACGAAAAGAUAUCAUCACAAUACAAGAUCCUCAUAAUCUUGAGGCACGUAAUUUAUCCAAUUUCUAUUAUCUGAAAAAUGAUAUCAAAGUCGUUGAUGAAGAAGAGGAAAAGGCAAAACAAAAUCCUUUAUAUGAUAUAAAUGUUAAGGCAACUGGCUCCGCGGGAAAAGUCUUGGAAAAUAUUUCUAAAAAGAAUGAAGAUACAUCAGUUAUAAAAACUGAAUCUAACACAAAGAAAUCAAAAAAAACACCAUAUAAUGCAGCACAUUACUCCACAGGCAUGGCAGCAGCUUCGUUUACAUCUACUGCAAUGGACCCGGUAACAGAAAACAUCGCGGCUUUAUUAGACGAAGAGGAAUUCAUGUUUAAGGAAAUCAAGGAAAAAGGGUAUGUUCGAAUAGUUACAAAUCUCGGAAAUAUUAACGUUGAACUUUUUUGUAAUAAGUCCCCACGUACAUGUUAUAACUUUAUAAUGUUAUCAAAGCAGGGGUACUAUAAAAAUGUUAUAUUUCAUCGUAAAAUCAAGAAUUUCAUGAUUCAAGGUGGUGAUCCUACCGGGACUGGUAAAGGAGGUGAAUCUUUUUGGAAAAAAGAUUUUGCUGACGAAUUUAAGAGCAAUUUAUCACAUAAUGAACGUGGGCUUCUUAGUAUGGCGAAUAAAGGCAAGAACACAAAUUCUUCACAAUUGCAAGAAGUCCUCGACAAAAUGGAAUCAAUUUCCACGGAUGAAGCUGAUCGUCCGUUGCAAGAAAUAAAAAUGAUUGACACAAUUGUAUUUGUGAAUCCUUUCGAAGAGUAUAAGAAAAAAUUACAAAAAAAAUUAGAGCGAAACAAUGCAGAAUCAGGAAGGACACGUUCUAAUGUCAAAUCUGAAAAGGAUACUACAACGUGGUUUGGGACAUCUUUAAAUCGAUCAACUGGCUCCAAUACAACAGAAAGUGGUGUUGGGAAAUAUUUGCAAUCAUCGUCUGUUGCUAAGAAGCGAGAUGCAAAUUUGGACGAGGAAGAGGAUUUGAUAGUUCAUACUUCAAAAAAACCAAAACCAACGGGAUAUCGCUUUACUGAUUUUAGCAAUUGGUAA